CUCACAUCUUUCGGAACGUCACCGCAAGCGUACCUGCGAGAUCACCCAGAUCCCCGCUACAAGUACAUAGCUGUCAGUGCCAUCGUGUUCGACACAAUUAAUCCUUCAAGUCCUCGCAUCUUGCUCGUACAGCGUGCGGCGAGUGACAGCAUGCCGAACCAGUGGGAGGUACCUGGUGGUGGCUGCGACGAAGAUGAUCACACGAUUCUUCACUCGGCCGCAAGAGAGCUGUGGGAGGAGACUGGCUUGAAAGCGAAGAGGAUCCUCAGCCUAGUCGGCAGUCCUCAUAUAUUCACCUCUAGUAGUGGCAAAGCGGUGAUCAAGUUCAACUUUCUUGUCGAAGCCCAUAGGACCGACGAAGGCGGCUUCGAGGUGAGUUUAGAUCCGAAGGAGCACCAGCGUUUCUUGUGGGCUACAGAAGACGAGGCAUGUUUGGGU